AUGCAACCGGUAGCAACUACUAGUAGUAGAGGGAUACCCAGUAGUAGCGGUACAAGCUCCAGUUGGUUGAACGAUGACAGUGACUACGCGGGAUCCAACCACAUUCGUCGAACGUCUCGACGAAAAUCAUCGGCCAAGCGUAUUGAUUGGAAGGGAUCCACCCUCUAUGAUCGUAAGGAACAGGAAGAUGCCCUGUUAUCAGCCUACAAGAGAAGCCUCCAACAAGCUGAAAUUGUGUUGAUCACAGGAGCUAGUGGUACCGGCAAGACGGUCCUGGCCAAGACAUUGCUACCCCACGUCAAGGCCGAUAAAGGACUCAUGUUCAAGAGCAAAUUCGAUCAGAACCAGUAUGUGACUACCCAAUCUCCAUGUUUUGCAGCCUUUCGAACCUUUCCUCGGAUAAUAAAGGCACGAGGUGAGGCAGAAAUGGUUCGACAGGCUGUGGAAGCUGAAUUGGGACAGGGAGAAAUAGACUUAUUGCUGGAGAUUAUCCCAGAAUUGGCAGAGAUAUUGACACCAGAGGAAUGGGAAAUCAUGGUUACCAAACAACAAGAACAAGCUGCUCAUGGUAGUGGAAUGGACUCCUCAUCUGGUAUGGACAUGGAAUUUGAUUUGUCAGAUAGCCCAUCCAAAGUGGCAUCGGUCUACAGGAGAUUUCUGCGCUGUGUUUCCUCUCCAGAGAGGCCAUUAGUCGUGUUUUUUGAUGAUCUUCAGUGGGCUGAUGCCAUGACGCUGACAAUUUUAUCCCAGCGUGCCCAUGAGGCACCCGAAGAGAACAGAAAUGCAGGCUUCCUGUUCCUGGCUACUGUGAGAGGAAAUGAAGUGGCCAUGAAUGACCAGCUGGCGGUGGUCCUACGAAAGCUGGAGGACGCAGGAGUUUCCAUCACUGAUAUUCAAGUCAACAAUCUGAGCCAGCUAGCAUUGAAUGGAAUGAUCUCUUCUAUCCUGAACUUACCCAUAACGGAAUGUCAGUCCCUAGCAGAAGUGGUGUACACACAGACACAAGGAAAUGCCUUCUUUUCCAUCCAGUAUCUUCGCAGUCUACAGCAGGAUGGCAUCUUAUACUAUUCAGGCGGCAACAAUGGGACACCUGGGAAGUGGUCUUGGCAAGAUGAUGCAUUGAUUUUGUCACUCGAAGAGAGUGGGCAUGAUGAAGGCAUUGAUUUGAUCAUCACACUGCUUUCUCACAAGAUGAGGGAACUCUCCUCAGAUGUGAAGGAAGUUAUGAAGGUGGCAGCAUGCUUGGGAACUGAAUUUUCGGAAGACAUUCUAUGUCAUGCUGGGGCAGCUGCUGCUACACAAAUAUCAUUUGCCCUGGAUGUUGCAGAUGAUAUGGGUUUCAUAACCUAUGAUUUUGAGAUGGGCACUGGCCACUUCAACCAUGACAAAUUUCAGGAGGCUUUCUACUCACUGAUACCUGUUGAUGAUAAGGCAGCAUUUCAUCUUCAGAUUGGGCGAAACCUGAGACGACAACUCAAACCUUCCAAUAUCAAGAAAGAACUUCCCAUAGUUCUCAGCCAAAUCACAUUUGGCUUGGACCAAAUGACAGACCCAGAAGAAAAAGAAGAAUGGGCGUUCUUGUGUCUUCGGGCCUCACGAAAAGCUGGAAAGUCUGCUUCAUUCACCUCUGGUUUAGAAUAUGCCGAAUUAGGCAUCAAACUGUUGGGACGCCGGAAUUGGAGAGAUCAGUACAACCUCAGUUUGGAUCUUUACAACAGUGCUGCUGAAAUGGCCUACUGCUGUGGCAAACAUGAAAGGGUUGAUGAGCUUACUCAAGAAAUCUUGAAAUUUGCUCUUAAAUCGGACGACAAAUUGACAGCUCAUGUAACAAGAGUGAACUCUUUGGGCUCAAGGCUUCAGACUAGAGCUGCUCUAGAUUAUUGCAUUGAAAUCUUGCGACGUAUGGGGCACCACUUUCCAAGGACGGCAACUCUACCAAGGACUGUAAUGGCAUUUCUGAAGCUAAGGUUUCUUCUUUCACGGUACACAGACGAUGAAAUCAUGAGUCUCCCAACUCUUGAAGACCCCCAAACAACUUCUGCAAUGCAUAUCAUUCAUCAGAUGUUCCCUUUAGUGCAGCAGGAACAGAUAAACUACUCCAUUUUGAUUGCUCUUCGGCUUGUACAGUUGACAUUGAAGCAUGGCUUGAGCUCCGUCUGUAGUGCAUCAUUUGCCUUUUAUGGGGCCGCAUUGGCAAGGGCUGGUGAAACCAAUGGUGCUUUGCGGUACAUGAAGCUGGCUUUCCGCAUCCUUGAUAAAUUCCCAUCUGAGGCAUGGAUGGGCCGAAGUUUGCUCGUCUCUGCAGCUACAGUGAGAAGCAUGAAGGAGCCUCUGCGGGACAUCUUGCCAGAUCUCAUGAAGGGGCAUCAGCUGGGUUUGAAAUGUGGGGACUUAGAGGCGGGUUUUCUCUGUGGAGUGCUGCAUUCUACUCUACGGAUCAUGGUGGGAGACCCUCUUUCAACGGUGACAAGGCGUUUGUAUCAUCUGAUGCAGCUAUGUCUUGACUACAACCAGGGGAUGCCAUUCACCAUGGCGGCUUUCAUUCACCAGGUCGGUUUGAAUUUGAUGGGCCAGGGGAAAGACCCACUGGAAGUAACUGGGGAGUAUGUCGAUGAGGAAUCUGCUGCAGCAGAUGCGCUUUCCAAUCAGAGAACCAUGUUCUUGUCAGCAGCAGCAUAUUUUAAGUACAUGCUGGCUUUUUACCACGACCAACAUGAUGCAGCAAUGGCUUUGAAGAGAGACCGUCGAUUGGCAUUUUUGCCUUACAACAAAUCACCUCUUCCCCAAAUGGGACUCUUACAUGUUUUUCAUGAAGGGUUGGUUGCAGUUGCACAAGGAAAAAUUGGAUUAGCCCGUAACCAACUCAAAGUGUUACGCAGAUCUAUGGUCAAGGAUUGCCCCGAGACUGUAAUCCACAAAGUGCACCUUUUGGAUGCCGAAAUACUUGCUUCCAAGAGACGCCAUGAUGAUGCUCUUUGUCAAUACGAAUUGUCAAUCAAGUAUGCUGCAAAGAAUGGUUAUAUCAAUGAAGAAGCCCUGGCAAAUGAGAUGGCUGGCAGGAUGCUUGAAAGAUAUGGCCACCAGAAGCCGAGAGCACUUGUAUUUUACAAGCAGGCACGAGACCUCUACUCCUCUUGGGGAUGUGAAUACAAAGUGACAUCCAUGGAUGAAGGUAUGGCAAGGCUGCAUUUGUGCGGUCAUGGAGACCAAUGA